UCUAGGCCCUGGGAAGUGGCAGGUUUUGCAGAGCAGGUUCUAUAGCAAAGCUCAUUGUUCCCUAGCACCAUUAGAGAGAGGGGCAGGAAAAACCGGCUCUGUAUCUGAAAGCAGCACAUGGCUGAGGAACUCUCCUAUUUCCCAGCAGGAUUCUUUACAAAACAGAAACACCAAAGCAGCUUUUGUCUGCCUAAGAACUUGAUCCCCACGGGGCUGCGGCCGUCUUAAGCUGCCUAAGUUAAUUUCACCAGUGUUCAGAACACAGCCUAAUUAGUCUUGCAGUGUUUGCUAGUCACUUCUCCAGGAGGUAUGUGCUCCUUUCUCCCACCCUUUCUUUAGGAGCUACAGAACAGUUGAUGUGGGGUUGGGGUUCUGACGGGUCAUGUUCUUUCUGAUUAUUUCUCUGUUUACCUGUGCAGCGAGGAUUGGCCUGGGGGCGACUGUGGCUGCAUGCCCUAGCGUGUGCAAGUGCUCUCCUGAGGACACCAUACGCUGUAACAAAGCCGGACUGAGAACUCUUCCUGCAGAACUAGCAGCAACUGCCGUUUCUUUAAACCUGUCUAACAAUUUGUUAAGGAUUCUUACUGCCAACACGUUCCGAAAUCUGACUUUCCUCCGCAGCCUCUGGCUGGAUCGCAAUAACCUCACCUUCCUGUACCCGGGAACCUUUAGUGCCCUCAGCAAUUUACGGGAGCUGGAUCUCGGCUGGAAUUCACGCCUGACACACCUGCAUGCUAAUACUUUCAGGGGGCUUUCCAACCUCAUCAGCCUGGAUUUAUCGAGCUGCAAUAUCUUCGAAAUCCACCCAGUGGUGUUUUCGUAUUUGCUCUCUUUACAGGUACUUGACCUAACAUCCAACAACCUGCGUUACAUCCCGCAAGCCUUCAGAAGCCUGUCCAGCCUCACGAGACUGUCUUUGGAAAGAAACCACAUCGAAGCCAUCGGCCGAGAUUCUCUGAAGGAUCUGAAAGCCCUGUACGAGCUGAACCUCCGGAAGAAUCGGAUCUGGACGAUUCAGAACGAUGCCUUCGCAAUGCUGAACAGGCUGGGGGUGUUAGAUUUAGGGCACAACCAUAUAUCUGAUUUGCCUAAUCAGCUUUUCGAUGGUCUGAUCCAGCUUAAGACCAUGCAUCUUGAGGCCAACAGGAUCACCAGAAUCAACUGCUCUUUCAACAGCCUGCUUAGCCUGAGAAACCUGUACCUGAACAACAACCACAUCUCAGCCAUCUCCCACGCUGCCUUCUCCGAUCUAAAGAAGCUGCAAUUCCUUCACUUGAACAAAAACAAUUUAAGUUCCCUUCCCAAGCACGUGUUCGCAGAGCUGCCCAAGCUGAAAUACGUGUUUCUAUCCCACAACCCCUGGAACUGCGACUGCGACAUGCUUUGGUUCCCUUCCUGGAUAGCAACAUACAAAGGGGCGGUUGAGGGGAUGCCAUGUGCCCUUCCAGUGCUUCACAACCAAACCCGGCUUGACGUCUUCACUCACGGCGAAUUAAUCAACUGCUCAAUACCACCUGGGCUGGCAAGUGCAGACAAGUGCGAAGAGACCGAUGCCAACACUGCUGGCACGCCACAUGCUAUUUCUGACACAUUACUUGGGAUCACACUCGCGUGGUGUGCUUGGCAUUUGGCAGAGACACCGGGCAAAUCAUUUUCUGGGCUUGGAUCAGAUGUGUCAGCAUUUUUUCUGUAAUCGGUUUAUAAAAAGCGAACAAUGGAUUUAGUUGCAGGAAUGU